UAAGAGGCAAAGCCAAGGAUGUUGUCAGAGUGGGCAUGAAAUCUAGCGGCGUCGACAUCAGGAGUAACCCAGAUGUAAUGUACAGUCUUUUGAGGAAGCAUUUCAGUUGUCAGCAGUUUUCACCUCUCCCUCUGCAAGACUUUUACACCACUCUCCCUGAGCCACAGGAAGACCCCUAUGACUACUGGCUGCGCCUCAACCGUGCUGCUGAUGUCACUGCGGAAUGUCUCAAAGAACAGGGUAAGCAGCAAGACAAUCUGUCCAUUGAGGUGACACGAAUGUUCAUUCGGAACUGCCCGAACUCUGAUUUGGCCCUCACAUUUCGUUCUAAGACCAUUGAUAAGUGGUCUGCUUCUGAGGUGCAGGAAGUCUUGAAUGAAUACCACUCAGAGAAAUUCAUCAGAGCAGCAGGGAAGAGGAAAGAUAAGACAGUCCUGGAGAGGGAGGUGGCUGUGAACAGAAUAGAGGUGGCUACUAGCCCAGCGCCCCUGUGUAACCCGCGGUCUCCACAACAGUCUGCACCCACAGAUCACUCUUCUCUGGAGAGGAUGAUUAGUAUGCUGGAGAAAGUUCUCAUGAGCAAUGCCCAGUCCAGACCGACUAGUAGGAAGCCCAGUGGCCUACCUCGGAUUCAAGGCCUUAACGACACACCUUGCUUAGUCUGUAAAGACUCCUCUCAUUCUGCUCUGUCACACUGUAGGGAUAACAGACUGUGUUUCCAGUGUUUCUCACCUGAUCACCCACGGAACAAAUGUCCACACAGAGGCGGGAGUGCAGCACCCAUCAGCCAGCCGUCAAACUGACUGAUCUGCGUGUAGGGGAGGACCACGUAGAUCUUGAGAGUGAGCCUCCCACCUCUAGCUUCGAAGCUUUUUCAGAUUAUGAAUCUUUAAGUCAGCUGUACCAAUUACAGUUCCAAGAUCAGAUAGUCUGUUCUACACAUCAGUUUCAAUUGAGAAUGGCCCCACUUUUAAAGCCCUUAUCGAUAGUGGAUCCAUGGUAUGUACUCUUAGCGAGUUUGCUGAAGCUAGUUUAUUGAGAUGCAGUCCAGAUAUAACAAAGCAGUCAGCGCACAACAUUGUAAUUGUUGGCUGUGGAGGCCAUCGUGUCAGUCCCACAGCGAUUUAUGACCUUCAAGUGUCGAUGUAUGGUUGUUCCAUGACGGUCCCUACUCUAGUUGUGCCAGGUCAGACUGAGGAGAUGAUCCUGGGCACCAACGCCAUCAAGAGGCUCUUGACACAGCUGAAAGGGACGACCGGCUACUGGAGACUUAUGUCCACGCCCAGCCAUAUCCAGAGUGAUGAGUGUCACAAGUUUUUGUCCCUUUUCUCCAACACUGAGAGGUGGAGAGGUGAGUCUGUGCCAGAGAGAGUAGGCACUGUGAAGCUCCAGAGAAGUGUGACAUUAGAGCCGCAGACAGAACACCUGGUUUGGGGAAAGCUACCCGUGUCUUCAGUGUUGUCGGUGGGCAGCACAGUCAUCGUUGAGCCGACAAAGUCAAGGUCAAGACCAAAGCAGAUAAUGGUCGGCAGAGUAAUCACACCGCUUUGGGGAGAUGGUUCUGUUCCGCUGAAAGUCAUCAAUCCAACCAACCACAGAGUCGUGUUGAGAAAGAACACCAAGAUAGCUGAUGUGUCCCCUUGUAUCGCUGUGGAAGAACUACCACAACCAGAACAGAUCAAGUCAAAUGUGCAGUGCGCUGAGAAUGCCUGUCCCGCUUCAACGCCCAGAUCCAGUGACGAGAUUAAACAUGUCCUGAGCAACCUGAAUCUUCCUGACAUCGACUUGGAGUCUUGUGAGGUGUCAGCACACUGGAAAGACGAGCUGCUUCAAGUCAUUGAGAGAUAUGAGUCAAUCUUCUCAAGAGACAAAAUGGACUGUGGAGAAGCCAGAGACGUUGUCCAUCGCAUCCAUUUGACCGAUGACCGACCCUUUCGUUUGCCGUACAGGCGAAUGACCACAUUUUUUUUUUCUCUCUCUUCUCUCUCUUUUUUUUCUUUCUUGAUAUUCUCUUUAUGGUACGUCCCCAAUUUAGCAGUAUUUAAGGGGGGUGUAUGUAACGGUGUUAAUAAAGUGCUCCAUAUAGUUAUUGUUAAAUCCUGCUAAAUGGGUCAAGACUUUUAUUUUGGAAUUAUUCUGUACAGUAGUUGCAUUGUGGGUGUCCUGCAGCAGAAGAGAAGUUAACUGCUGCAGGCGGACCAGAUCUCACUGUCUUCCCUCAUGUUGUAUUUCCUGACCCAUGCAGGUAACCAAUUGUAUUUGUUGUUUUGAUUUUAUGUUUCGUGAAUGUUUUAUGUUUCACUCGUAGCAUGGCUAGCAUUCGCGAGCUAGAAUGACUAGCCAUUAACGUCUUUGUAGCGUUCUAAAUGCAGUACCGCUGUAUCACCACAAGAGUGGAGUGUUUACCUUUUUAUGAGCGCUGUUUUGCGUGUUUACUAAUGAAAAUAGAUGAAGUAGUGUUUGUAUUUGUAUGUGGUAUAUCGAAUUCACUCUCUGAUUGAAUGUUUGCAUAUUCUACUGUUUAUAUUUAUUUUAUCAUACUGGAUGAUCACCCCCAUGUAAGAAUAUAAUUAGAUCUAAUUAGAAAUAUAACAGAUUUCAACAGAUUAGAUAUAUAAGUAGUUUACUUAUACAGUUACAUACAUUUACACAUUCACACUCAUGUUUUUAUGCCACAUUAUUCCCUUUUGGAAUUUAUUUUGUAUUAUUUUAUUGACACACCUCACCUCAUACUGGACCUGAAAUGAAAUAUGCUUAGAUACUUAGUGUAGUAGCCUAAUAGAAUUGUGUCUGAGAGCAGAAGAGAAGUUAACUGCUGCAGGCGGACCAGAUCUCACUGUCUUCCCUCAUGUUGUAUUUCCUGACCCAUGCAGACAAAUAAACCUGCUUCAUCUAC